GGCAUUACACAUUCCUCCGCGCGCCGGAAGCGCGCGUUCCACCUUGCGGGGUAGCUUUUCCCUCGCCUCUCCUCGAGAGAGGUCGCGGCGCCUUGAGGGGCCGCGCACCCGGGGUGGACGGAGGGCGCAGAACUUUGACAGGCAAGCUGUGAGAAAACAAAAAACCAAAAUAAAACAAAAAAGCUCCGCCGGCCGUCAUGGAAGGGAGCGAGGAGAGAAGACCCGACUAGACGUGGCGGCGGUGGGAUUUUGUUUCCUGCGGUGGCGGACUGAUUUAGCAGCACGUUAACUUCCGGGAGCGUCCUGCCCCUGAGAGGAAAAGCCCUGAAGGAAACAAUAACAAACGAGCGGAGGGAGAGCGGCUGGCGCUCCUGUGAGGACUCGUUCUCGUCCUAAGAAGAUGCGCUGCGGCCCCAGUGCGGGGACGUGAGAGGGCUUUGGUGGCCGUCAGCCAAGCCUUUCCUCGCUUGUGCACCUCAGGCCCCCCUGGCUUUUUAUUUUAUUUUUUGGUGACCAUGGCGUCCGUGGGCCCGGGGGGCUACGCGGCGGAGUUCGUGCCACCGCCCGAGUGCCCGGUCUUUGAGCCCAGUUGGGAGGAGUUCACAGACCCGCUGAGUUUUAUCGGGCGCAUCCGGCCCUUUGCGGAGAAAACGGGCAUCUGCAAAAUCCGGCCACCCAAGGAUUGGCAACCUCCAUUUGCCUGUGAAGUAAAAACCUUCCGUUUCACUCCUAGAGUCCAGCGCCUGAAUGAACUUGAGGCAAUGACUAGAGUAAGAUUGGACUUCUUGGAUCAACUGGCAAAAUUUUGGGAACUUCAAGGAUCUACAUUGAAGAUCCCUGUGGUGGAGAGAAAAAUCCUGGAUUUGUAUGCUUUAAGCAAGAUUGUUGCCAGCAAAGGAGGUUUUGAAAUAGUCACCAAAGAGAAGAAAUGGUCUAAAGUGGGUAGCCGCUUGGGAUAUCUGCCAGGAAAAGGAACUGGGUCUCUUUUGAAGUCACACUAUGAAAGAAUUCUCUACCCAUAUGAACUUUUCCAAUCUGGUGUCAGCCUUAUGGGUGUACAAAUGCCUGAUUUAGAUCUUAAAGAAAAAGUUGAGGCUGAGGUUCUCAGCACUGACAUCCAGCCUUCCCCAGAGCGGGGAACAAGAAUGAAUAUUCCACCAAAGAGAACAAGACGAGUUAAGUCUCAGUCAGACUCUGGAGAAGUAAAUAGAAACACAGAACUGAAGAAACUUCAGAUUUUUGGGGCUGGACCCAAAGUUGUGGGCCUGGCAGUAGGAGCAAAAGAUAAAGAAGAUGAAGUCACCCGAAGAAGAAAAGUUACCAACAGGUCAGAUGCAUUUAACAUGCAAAUGAGACAACGGAAAGGAACUCUCUCUGUUAACUUUGUUGAUCUCUAUGUUUGCAUGUUUUGUGGUCGAGGAAAUAAUGAGGAUAAACUGCUUUUGUGUGAUGGGUGCGAUGACAGCUAUCAUACAUUUUGUCUACUUCCACCACUACCUGAUGUCCCCAAAGGAGACUGGAGGUGUCCUAAAUGUGUUGCUGAGGAAUGUAACAAACCUCGAGAAGCCUUUGGAUUUGAGCAAGCUGUAAGAGAAUAUACACUUCAAAGCUUUGGAGAGAUGGCAGAUAAUUUUAAAUCUGAUUAUUUCAAUAUGCCAGUCCAUAUGGUUCCUACAGAGCUAGUAGAAAAAGAAUUCUGGCGGCUAGUAAGUAGCAUUGAAGAAGAUGUUAUUGUAGAGUAUGGAGCUGAUAUCUCUUCAAAAGAUUUUGGAAGUGGAUUUCCUAAAAAGGAUGGUCAAAGAAAGAUGUUGCCAGAAGAAGAGGAAUAUGCACUUUCUGGUUGGAAUUUGAAUAACAUGCCUGUUCUGGAGCAGUCCGUUCUUGCACAUAUUAAUGUGGACAUUUCUGGUAUGAAGGUGCCAUGGCUCUAUGUGGGAAUGUGCUUUUCUUCUUUUUGCUGGCAUAUUGAAGAUCACUGGAGUUAUUCCAUUAACUACUUGCAUUGGGGCGAGCCAAAGACAUGGUAUGGUGUACCAUCUCAUGCUGCAGAACAACUGGAGGAGGUGAUGAGGGAGCUGGCCCCUGAGUUAUUUGAAUCCCAGCCUGAUCUCCUACAUCAGUUAGUAACCAUCAUGAACCCAAAUGUGCUCAUGGAGCAUGGUGUGCCUGUGUACAGGACUAAUCAGUGUGCUGGAGAGUUUGUGGUGACGUUUCCUCGUGCCUAUCACUCUGGAUUUAACCAGGGAUACAACUUUGCCGAAGCGGUGAACUUCUGUACUGCUGACUGGUUGCCCAUUGGACGUCAGUGUGUAAAUCACUAUCGACGGCUCAGGCGCCAUUGUGUCUUUUCACAUGAGGAACUCAUUUUCAAGAUGGCAGCAGAUCCAGAAUGCUUAGAUGUGGGGCUGGCUGCCAUGGUAUGCAAAGAGUUGACUCUCAUGACUGAAGAAGAAACACGAUUGAGAGAAUCAGUUGUUCAAAUGGGUGUCGUGAUGUCAGAAGAAGAAGUCUUUGAACUUGUUCCUGAUGAUGAGCGGCAGUGUUCAGCAUGCAGAACUACAUGUUUUCUCUCAGCUCUCACAUGCUCCUGUAAUCCGGAGCGACUUGUAUGUCUGUAUCAUCCAACUGAUUUGUGCUCUUGCCCCAUGCAGAACAAAUGUCUUAGGUACCGCUAUCCACUAGAAGACCUUCCAUCUCUGCUUUAUGGUGUCAAAGUGAGAGCACAAUCCUAUGACACUUGGGUCAAUCGUGUUACAGAAGCAUUGUCAGCUAGCUUCAACCAUAAGAAAGAUUUGAUUGAAUUGAGAGUAAUGCUGGAAGAUGCUGAGGAUAGGAAAUACCCAGAGAAUGAUCUCUUUCGAAAGCUCAGGGACGCGGUGAAAGAAGCUGAGACCUGUGGUUCUGUGGCUCAGCUGCUUCUGAGCAAAAAGCAAAAACACAGGCAGAGCUCAGAUAGUGGGAAGACUCGGACCAAACUGACAGUAGAAGAAUUGAAGGCCUUUGUCCAACAACUUGUUAGUCUUCCGUGUGUCAUCAGCCAAACUCGACAAGUAAAGAAUCUGCUGGAUGAUGUAGAAGAAUUUCAUGAACGUGCCCAGGAGGCCAUGAUGGAUGAAACCCCAGAUUCUUCCAAACUCCAAAUGUUAAUAGACAUGGGCUCUAGUCUCUAUGUGGAGCUACCUGAAUUGCCCCGACUAAAGCAAGAGCUCCAGCAGGCUCGAUGGCUGGAUGAAGUAAGGCUAACUCUAUCAGAUCCACAACAAGUCACUUUGGAUGUCAUGAAGAAAUUGAUUGACUCUGGCGUAGGCUUGGCACCUCACCAUGCUGUAGAAAAAGCAAUGGCCGAACUACAGGAACUCCUUACAGUCUCUGAACGAUGGGAAGAGAAGGCUAAGGUCUGCCUGCAAGCAAGACCUCGGCACAGUAUGGCAAAUUUAGAAAAUAUUGUGAAUGAAGCCAAGAACAUUCCAGCCUUUCUACCCAAUGUGUUGUCCUUAAAAGAAGCCUUACAAAAGGCUCGUGAAUGGACAGCUAAAGUGGAAGCUAUUCAGAGUGGCAACAACUAUGCUUACUUGGAACAGCUUGAGAGCCUAUCUGCUAAAGGACGCCCUAUCCCUGUGCGUCUUGAUGCCUUGCCUCAAGUGGAGUCACAGGUAGCAGCAGCACGGGCCUGGAGAGAACGUACUGGGCGGACCUUCCUUAAAAAGAAUUCCAGCCAUACAUUGUUACAGGUGCUAAGUCCACGAACUGACAUUGGUGUAUAUGGGAGUGGUAAAAACAGGAGGAAAAAGGUAAAAGAAAUAAUAGAAAAAGAAAAGGAGAAGGACCUCGACCUUGAGCCUUUGAGUGACUUAGAGGAAGGACUGGAGGAGUCAAGAGAUACAGCCAUGGUGGUGGCAGUUUUCAAAGAACGAGAGCAAAAGGAGAUUGAAGCCAUGCAUUCCCUCAGAGCAGCCAACCUAGCCAAGAUGACAAUUGUGGAGCGCAUAGAAGAAGUGAAAUUUUGUAUUUGCCGCAAGACAGCCAGUGGGUUUAUGCUACAGUGUGAGCUCUGCAAAGACUGGUUCCAUAACAGCUGUGUUCCCCUUCCUAAAUCAAGUUCCCAGAAAAAGGGAUCCAGCUGGCAGGCUAAAGAUGUAAAAUUCCUUUGCCCUCUUUGCAUGAGAUCUCGGAGGCCAAGGCUAGAGACUAUUCUGUCACUCCUGGUAUCCCUUCAGAAGUUGCCUGUACGGUUGCCGGAAGGAGAAGCACUGCAGUGUUUGACAGAACGUGCCAUGAGUUGGCAAGAUAAAGCACGCCAAGCUUUAGCCACAGAUGAACUGUCCUCUGCCCUGGCCAAGCUCUCUGUGCUAAGCCAGCGUAUGGUGGAACAAGCAGCUAGAGAAAAAACUGAAAAGAUUAUCAGUGCAGAACUCCAAAAAGCAGCUGCCAAUCCAGAUUUACAGGGACACUUACCUAGUUUCCAGCAGUCUGCUUUUAACCGGGUGGUGAGCAGUGUAUCAUCUUCCCCCCACCAAACAAUGGACUAUGAUGAUGAAGAAACAGAUUCUGAUGAAGAUAUUCGGGAGACAUACGGCUAUGACAUGAAGGAUACAGCCAGCGUGAAGUCCUCUAGUAGUCUGGAACCCAAUCUCUUUUGUGAUGAAGAGAUUCCCAUCAAGUCUGAGGAAGUGGUGACUCACAUGUGGACGGCACCGUCAUUCUGUGCAGAGCAUGCAUAUUCUUCUGCUUCAAAGAGUUGUUCUCAAGGUUCUAGCACUCCAAGAAAGCAGCCUCGGAAGAGCCCUUUGGUUCCCAGAAGUUUGGAGCCUCCAGUAUUGGAAUUGUCUCCUGGAGCAAAAGCCCAGUUGGAAGAACUCAUGAUGGUUGGAGACCUCCUAGAAGUGUCUCUGGAUGAGACACAACACAUUUGGCGGAUUUUGCAGGCCACACAUCCACCCUCAGAGGACAGAUUCUUACAUAUCAUGGAGGAUGAUAGCAUAGAAGAGAAACCAUUAAAAAUGAAAGGAAAGGACUCUUCAGAGAAGAAACGGAAACGGAAGCUAGAAAAGGUAGAACAGCUUUUUGGAGAAGGAAAACAGAAGACCAAGGAGCUAAAGAAAAUAGAUAAACCUAAAAAGAAGAAAUUAAAAUUAAAUGUGGACAAAUCAAAAGAGCUGAAUAAAUUGGCCAAGAAGUUAGCUAAAGAAGAAGAGCGAAAGAAAAAGAAAGAAAAGGCUGCUGCCGCCAAAGUGGAGCUUGUGAAAGAGAGCACGGAGAAGAAACGGGAGAGGAAGGUGUUGGAUAUCCCCUCAAAGUAUGACUGGUCGGGGGCAGAGGAGUCUGAUGAUGAGAAUGCUGUGUGUGCAGCCCAAAACUGCCAAAGGCCGUGUAAGGACAAGGUAGACUGGGUACAGUGUGAUGGUGGCUGUGAUGAGUGGUUUCAUCAAGUUUGUGUUGGUGUAUCCGCAGAAAUGGCUGAAAAUGAAGAUUACAUCUGUAUAAACUGUGCAAAGAAGCAGGGGCCAGAUAGCCCAGGCCAAGCACCACCUCCUCCCUUCCUAAUGAGCUACAAACUACCAAUGGAGGAUCUUAAAGAGACCAGUUAGCAGAUGUCUGGUUAGCUUGCAACAUGGGGGGAAGUGGACCACAUUGAGACCUUACUCAUCAAGCAGAGUGGUUCCGACCACUCAGAAUGUUGUUUCCAAAGAUGAAUGGACUUCAGAAAAAGUCCUCUUAGUGCUGGCUUCCUCUCUGCAUGGAUUGUGUGGGCUCCAUUCUCUUAUCAUCUGUGCAGAGGAUGUCUUCUUUGGUGCAGCAGCCAAGUAUUUCAACUCUUGAUUCGUUGAGUGUGGUUUGCUGAAUUAAGGUCAGGUUCUAAUGGAACUCUCAGGAGGCUGUUUGGCAUUAAUACAUUGAUGUGCUUAGUGGGGCAUAUAAGAAGUGGCUUUCGACCAACUGAUACUUGUUGUAGACGGUUACAACCUACAGGUGGUGCCAUUGGAAGGCCCUGACCGUUUAAAUAUCCUUAGUUAGGAUAAUUGGACAGGAGUCAGAGCACAACUUUGUAAUUACUGACAUUUAUGCCCUACUGAUCCAGUUAAGAGAAGCAGGCCAAAGUUAUCCCUUCUAGAAGUCUUGGAGUGGCAGUGCAGUCUAUGACCUCAGCUGCUUGUGUUUAUUUAGACCAAUAAGAAAAUCCUCCAAAAGAUCCCCUCACUUUCCUCAGGAGGAUGUCAAGCAGGUUAGAAUAUCUGAUUAGACUGGAUUCUGGGAAGAAGGGGUUUUUUUUUUGUUUGUUUGUUUGGUUUGGUUUGGUUUUUUCUUACUUCAAGGCAAGUAGGCCAUUGGUUUGAGAAGUCCAUCUGGGUCUGUGUUUUAGAAAAGAAAGGUAGGUACACAGAUCCAGGUUUCUGGAGGGAGUAGGGAUGACUAAUGAGAAUGUUUUACUGAGCCUCGGUGAUGCAUGCUUAUCUGGGAAACCCUCAUUCACAAGUAUUCCAGACUCCACCAUGCUUCACGCAUGGCCAUGAGCAAGACUGGCAGAUAACAGCUUUUGCCUUGCAGCCCUAACCCCAAUGCCUGUAGUUUCCAACAUGGCCUCAGCAGAUAUUUGUGAAUAACACCAUGGCUUCAUCAGAGGAUGUGGGGCUGUAGGUCCUCUGGGUGUGAAGCUGUUCUAGUAAACCCAUUUUUAAAAAGAAAGACUUGUUUUUACUUUUUUCUAAAUGUCUCUGACUACUGACUGUUCUAUAGAUUAUUUUUCCUUUUUUGAUAUACAUAUAUGAAUAUAGAUAUAUAUAUAUAUAUUUACUGUUACCAGCAGCGUAUGAUAGAGUUUGAGCAUCAGAAAUCCAUUUGGAAGCUUGCAUUUUCUUUCUGCUUUUUGAUAAAGAAAUCCCAUUCCUUCCUUGUAGUACAAGGAGUUAGCACUUCCUUCUUCAUUCUCACCUAAACAUAUCUUCCACUUUUCUUCUAUUCAAAUAGAUAAUAUAUUUCCUCCAUGUUGGGACUUGUCCCUGUCUGUUGGGCAGCUUGGUCUUAUUCUAGUCAGUGCUGAAUGUUUUGUAUGUCUGAAACUAUGGUGCUGUGCCCCCCCCCCCUGCCCCUAUUGGGUUCUGUGUUCUUACAAAGGUCUUAGGUGGACUCUGUAAACUCCUGCUAGAAGGAGAAUAAUAUAUUUUAAAGGACAAAAAGGUUUUCUAAAAAUGGUGUUUAUCUUCACUAUCCUUUGUUCUUUAUUUUGGUUUAAGAAUCUGCAAUUUAACUUAAACUCAUCACUUGUCCUGUUAAAGGGGCAUUGAGCAAACCUAGGAAGUUUGUAGCCUCUGUUCCCCUUUACUCCAGUCUCUUAAAUAAAUGUCUUCUAGUAACUAGAAGUGAGAUGUACUGUCCAGUUACAGACUGUGUGGGUAUGAGGGCUACCUCAAAAGGCAUCUUAGGAAAAGAAAAGGUUUUCUUACAAAACCCUUUAUCCCAAGUGCUAACCAGGCUUGGCCCUGCUUAGCUUCCAAGGUCAGAGGAGACAUACACGUGCAGGUGGUACGGCUAUAGGUACAACAUCCAAUUUCUGAAAAUACUUUCUCUGGUUUAUACUACCUACUUUUUGGUCUCUUCACUUAAUGUUAAGUAACAUAUCUUGACCAGUUAUGUUGUUUGAAUGUGUUGCUGUGCUUGUAUCUUGAAUUUCCAUCUCAAUGUGAGUGUGAGCUAAGAUUUCAGUAAUGGUUACAAGGUUAAUUAAGUAAAUAGUUAAUUUCACACAUUUUCAUUUUGCCAAACAUGAAGAUUAUCACGUAAGAAUUUUAUUUGGUUAUUGUUAUAAUGAAAAAAAGCACAAUAUUUCUUAACUUUUAGUCUUUGUAAAAGACUUGAGAUACUUGUGGUUUAAAAUUGAGUGUACACCAACCCUUCAGAAAUUUACAAUGUAAGUGAUAGAAUCCCAGAAUACAUUUUACAAUUUUGAUUUUCCUUCCAGUUAACUACUUUUCAUUAACUGUGUUAUCAAUAGUAAGGAGUCAUGAGGAUACUGAAAGGUGACUGUUUUGAGUAAUUUGUGUUCUUUGUACAGUGUUUGUCUGUUGGAGACCUCAGACAUAGGCAGUCUGUACCUGUGAAUAGCUGCCUGUCAUCUUCUGAUGUUUUGAAACUUUUAAAUAUAUAAUUUAAUUGAUUCAUUCGGCUCUUCUGUACUUAUUUGAAGACUUUGAUAUCUUAACCAUAGAUUUAGACAAAAACUCAAAAGACCAUAAGGGAGGGGGUGGAAAGAUGACUCAACGGUUAAGAAUCCUGGCUGCUCUUCCAGAGGACCCAGGUUCAGUUCUCAGCACUACAUGGUGGCUCACAGCCAUCUGUAAUGUCCUCUUCUGGACGUUACUGCACUGUACACAUGUGGCAUACAGACAUCUAUUCUGGAAAAUACUCAAAACACAAAUACAAGUAAUUAAAAUCUUUUUUUAAAAAAUUAAGGAUAUAAGAGAAACUAGCACUCUACCCACAAAUUAAAAACCCUAUAGUUUGUGAGUUAAUGAAAUAAAGAGUCAUCUAUUUAAGGAAAAGUAGAUGUUCUAAUGUAAAGCUUUGUUUCACAAGAAUUGCAAGUAACUCCAUUCUUCUGUACUGUUUGUUUACAUUUUGUAUUAAAACUUGAUUUAUGUUUCUUUCUGACUCCUCAAAGUUGCACUUCUUCGUUAUUAAGUGUUUAAUAUUUUUUAAGCUAUUUCUCACUGCCUUCAUUAUACUUUAACAAAGGUAACGGAAUGAAAAAAGUUGGAAGUCUGCCUGGUGUUUUGGCACACACACUAAGUCCUAGCACUUGGGAGUCAGAGGCAGAAGAUUUAAGUCCAGUGAGUUCUACACUAGCCAGGGCUACAUAAUAAGAAAGAAAAGAAAAGGUAGUAGGUCAUUUAGAACUCUACAGAAAUACAAGGUAGCAGUCGUUACAGGUCCCUAGUUGUUGGAGAAGAGGCAGAUGUUUGUUUCACCUCCUGUUAUUGCUGCAGAAACCAUGAGCAGUGGCUGCUGUGAACCAGCUCUGCCUGGCUGACUCUGACUUGAGCCGCAGUGAGAUUAUGAAUUACAGUGUGGCAUACUUAGAAGAACUGGGAGGCAAACAUUCAAUCUGUGAUUGCCCAUGACCUGAGGAACAUGGCAGACACUGCCAGAUCUGAGAGAUGGAUGUGAUUUCACAAGUCCUUCCCUUCCUUUCCAGCUCCGCCUUUGGUCCUCAACAGGGUCCAAGAAAUGUCAAUUUGUUUUUCUUAGUUUGCUGGACACAGUUCAGUGAAUAUAAAGAAACUGCUUGUCAGCUGGGCAUGGUAGUAUAUACUUAAUCCUGGCACUCGGGAGACAUAGGCAGAUUGGUCUAUAUAGUGUGUUCUAAGACAGCCAGAGCUGCAUAAUAGAACUUGUCACCAAAAAAAAAAAAAAAAAAGGAAAAGAAACUGCCUGUCAGCCAUUAAAAUAGAAAUAAUGGAAAAAUAAAGCCUGCCUUUUGCCAAGCAGUUAUGAAGCACACCUUUAUUUCCAGCACUCAGGAGCCAGAGGCAGGAGGAUCUUUCUUGAGUUCGAGGCCUGUCUGGUAUACAGAACUUGUUCAAGAGCAGCCAAAGCUACAGAGAGACCCUGCCUUUCAAAAGGUUACAUCAGAAUACUUUUGGGAGAAAGUAACAAUUUGGAGUGGGUUUUGAAAAUUGCAAGGUGUAAAGAUUUUAAGUUGUUUAAGUCCCAAAUAACCCUAAACCAAGUCCAAUGAAGUUUCAUUUAUGAAGUUUCAAAUGUGAAUUCGCUUUAUGUGUGUAGAAUGUUGCUUUUAGCGUAGGUCCUUGAGCACAGUACCUUUCAGACAUCCUGUCCCUUUAAAUCAAACCACACCGUUACUUUGAAUAUGGAUUUACUACGUGGUAUUUAUAGCACAAGAGGGAAAGAAUGGACUUUGAUGUCUGAGACUGGAGUAUUCUCUUGGCCGGGAUCCACUCACCGCUGUGCGGCAUAGGAUGUGCACCGGGAAGGGACACAACAUCUUAUACAAUGAUAUGUCUGUCUAAACAGGAAUAUAUUUUAAGAACUUGAACCUCCCCCGGUUGAUGAUUCCCUUACAUGUUCAUUAAAUUUUACCAGGGUUUUUGGUUGUGUGUAAGAGUAACUUUUAGUCGUCUGGCUUAAUUGUUCUCAGGCUUACUGCCUCCCUCUGCUAACCUAAGCUUAGAAUAUAUUCACCUCCGAGACUUUGUGCUUGCCCUUUCUAGCUCUUUGUGAACUCUGGCUUUACUCUCUGCUCUGCUUGAAUUGCUCUGCUAACUCUAGCAAUCUGUUCCAAACUUCUGGCUCCUUUUCAUUCUCUGGCUCAUUCUGUCUUCACCUGUCUCUGUAAAAUUAACUCUCCCAGUAAACUGCCUCUGAAUUCCACGAACUCAGCUCCACUGCCUGCCUUUGAACUGACUCAACCGAAAUGACUAAAGAGAACUAACUAGCACUGAGAAAUCUGCAUGCCUCUCUCUCCUGAGGGCUGGGAUUAAGAGUGUGUACCCCCACGUCUGGACUUGAGCUUCUUGUUACCUGAAGUUUGCUGUGUACCAGGCUGGCCUUGAAUCCAGAGAUCUGUUUGUCUAUGUCUCUGGGAUUAAAGGCAUGUCUGUAUUCCAGCCAGAUCACAGAGACCUAGAAGGUCUUUGGAUGUGAUCUCUUGGCAGAGCAGCCAUGUUCUGAAUUAAAAUUACUCCACAGUUGUGCCUUACAGAAAUUGUAACUUGAUUUCAUGAUGUUUGAGCAUCUGGUUUUUUGUUUUUUGUUUUUGUCUGAACUGUAGCUAAUUUUACUACAUUGUUUGCCAUUAUGUCUGUGCUCAAGAUUCCCCACCCAACUCUCAGCCAAUCCCAUUAUUUGUAUUGGUGGUGAUUUCAAAUGGUUACCAAGUAAAUGUAAAUUCUAGAAUGAGUACUGAAAAUCCUGAGGAAAAAUAGCCAAUAAACAGGAGCCACUUUUAACCAGG